UCGCCGCAAGGGAGCGGCAACCGUGGCCGUGUCGGCUCAUUGUCAGUGGUUGAUGAGCAGCCGAGUGCCAAUAGUAAUAAGAGGAGGAAGACUUGUGACUCACAACGAGCACAGUAAGAGAAAGAUUCAAGUCAGGUACUUGAUAGAGCAACGAACAAUGCAAGACGAGCAAAGAGACAUUGUCAGAUCAAGAAAUAUUCGAAGAGUUUGCAAUACAAGUAUACCGGAGAUUGUAGGAAGCUUGUCAGAUACUAUGAAUACUUCAAGAAUGCCUUCUCGAAGUAGAGCAACCAUGAUGCCAAAUGACUUUGCGCAAUCACAUAAAGUGCCAAGAAAGAAGAUAGCUGUAGGCAAGCAGUCAAUUACACCAUCGCAGUUGACAAUGGACACGCAAAAGAAAACAGAGGCCGAAUGCAAAGAUCUAGAACUUGGACUUCUUUAUGACGAAUAUUUACAAGCUAUAAUGACAGAUCUCAUAAUGAAGAAGAAGACUGAAGAGAAAAAGCGUUUGUUGGUCACACAAUUAGCCACUGUGGCACAAGAGAUUGAUCGAGAUACCCAAAAAUUGGUCAAAGUUAAAACUAGGGAACGCGAUAUGAUAAAUUUAAGUUUAGCGCAAAAAGAGGCAGAUGCCCAAUUGAUCGCAGUUACACAAUGCACCAAUAACGAAACAUUGAAGAUUGUAAAAGAUAUGUCAUCCAAGUUGCAAUCUCUCUUGGAGCCUCUGGACGUAUUGCGAUGUAAUGGGAUAAUACUUCCUGAAACGCAGGCCGAAUGGGAAGAGACUCGAGAGAUAUUGAUAAAAUGUUGCAACGCUUUAAAGAACAUCACAGAUGUAAUUGGGUCGAAAGGCGAAACGUAUUGUACGAUUAAUGCUGGAUUAAAGAAGUUUGCUGAAACAUACGACGAGAUAAAAGAUCUCCAGAAGAAAUUGGAACAAGUGUUGUGCAAUUUGCAAGUAUUGAUGCUGAAGAAUGCUUCACUUUCGUUGUCGUGCAAUGAAAGCGGUUAGAUGGAGACGUCUUUCAACAGUUUAUUAAACGGAACAGUGUUGCGUGAUGUGCUGUCAAGAUUUAAACAGAAGUUGUUCGGUUAUUGAAUUAAAUCUAUUUUGUAUCUUUGUACGGUUACGUCCAAGUUAUUUUCUUUCUGUCGGGAAAGGUUUCGAUUAUUGCAAUAAAAUGAAAUUUCUAUUCAUUGUAAACAA